AUGGAGUUUCCGAUCUUCGACGGCGGCCUGACCGAGUCGCAGAUGCUCGCCCACAUGAAGGACCUCGCCUCGAAAAACAAGGUAUUCAAAUCGUACAUCGGCAUGGGGUACUACAACACCUUCGUCCCGCCCGUGAUCCUGAGGAACAUCAUGGAGAACCCUGGUUGGUAUACCCAAUAUACCCCUUACCAGGCAGAGAUCUCACAGGGGAGACUCGAAUCACUCCUUAAUUUCCAGACCCUGAUCACUGACCUCACCGCCCUUCCCAUGUCCAACGCCUCCUUGCUCGACGAGGGCACGGCGGCCGCCGAGGCCAUGGCCAUGUGCAACAAUAUUCAGAAGGGCAAGAAGAAGACCUUUGUGGUGGCUAGUAACUGCCACCCACAGACGAUCGACGUCUGCAAGACCCGAGCCGACGGGUUCGACCUGAAAGUGGUUGUCUCAGAUGUGAACGACAUUAGCUACAGGUCGGGGGACGUUUGUGGGGUUCUGGUUCAGUAUCCAGGGACGGAAGGAGAAAUUCUGGACUACAAGGAGUUUGUGAAGAACGCACAUGACCACGGCGUGAAGGUGGUGAUGGCUACGGACCUUCUGGCGCUGACUGUGCUGAAGCCGCCUGGUGAACUGGGGGCCGAUAUUGUGGUGGGGUCCGCACAGAGGUUUGGUGUGCCGAUGGGGUAUGGGGGCCCACACGCAGCUUUCCUGGCAACGUCUCAGGAGUACAAGAGGAUGAUGCCGGGGAGGAUUAUUGGGUUGAGCGUGGACUCGUCUGGAAAGCAGGCUCUUCGCAUGGCUAUGCAGACGAGGGAGCAGCAUAUUCGUAGGGAUAAGGCGACCAGUAAUAUUUGCACUGCUCAGGCCUUGCUUGCCAACAUGGCAGCCAUGUAUGCUGUUUAUCAUGGUCCAGAGGGCCUUAAAACUAUUGCUCAAAGGGUUCACGGCCUGGCUGGAACAUUUGCUGCGGGAUUGAAAAAGCUGGGGACUGUAGAAAUCCAGGGCCUUCCCUUUUUCGACACCGUGAAGGUUAAAUGUGCUGAUGCGAAGGCUAUUGCUGAUGUUGCUUACAAGAACGAAAUAAAUCUGAGGAUUGUCGAUAAGAACACGAUAACUGCCUCUUUUGACGAGACCACCACAUUGGAAGACGUGGACAAGCUGUUUGGAGUCUUUGCAGGUGGCAAGCCGGUGACAUUCACUGCCGAGUCUCUUGCACCAGAGGUUCAAAAUUUGAUCCCUUCAGGACUUGUUAGAGAGACCCCAUAUUUGUCUCACCAAAUAUUCAACUCGUAUCACACUGAGCACGAGCUUCUCAGGUACCUUCACAGGCUUCAGGCAAAGGAUCUGUCUUUGUGCCACAGCAUGAUUCCAUUGGGCUCUUGCACAAUGAAAUUGAAUGCAACAACUGAAAUGAUGCCUGUAACAUGGCCCGAAUUUUCGGAUCUUCAUCCUUUUGCCCCCACUGAACAAGCUGCUGGCUACCAGGAGAUGUUCAAGAAUUUGGGUGAUUUGUUGUGCACGAUCACAGGUUUUGAUUCUUUCUCUCUGCAACCCAAUGCUGGAGCUGCUGGAGAAUAUGCCGGGCUCAUGGUUAUUCGAGCAUAUCACUUGUCAAGAGGGGACCAUCAUCGAAAUGUAUGCAUCAUUCCAGUCUCUGCGCAUGGGACAAACCCUGCAAGUGCUGCAAUGUGUGGUAUGAAAAUUGUGGCAGUUGGGACAGAUUCCAAAGGCAACAUUAACAUUGAGGAGUUACGAAAGGCUGCUGAAGCAAAUAAGGAGAACUUAGCUGCUCUCAUGGUUGGUCUGACGAGCCCUGGAUUUAUUGGUGCUGAUGUUUGCCAUCUCAAUCUCCAUAAAACGUUCUGUAUCCCUCACGGUGGAGGUGGGCCUGGGAUGGGGCCCAUCGGGGUGAAGAAACACCUUGCACCAUUUCUGCCAUCACAUCCCGUGGUACCAACCGGAGGUAUACCAGCUCCUGAUAGCUCCCAGCCGCUUGGUACUAUUUCUGCCGCCCCAUGGGGAUCGGCCCUUAUUUUGCCCAUAUCCUACACUUACAUAGCCAUGAUGGGCUCAAAGGGACUAACAGAUGCAUCAAAGAUAGCCAUCUUGAAUGCAAACUAUAUGGCCAAGCGUUUGGAGAAGCAUUAUCCUGUUCUUUUCCGUGGUGUCAAUGGGACAGUGGCCCAUGAGUUCAUUAUAGACUUGCGAGGUUUUAAGACUUCUGCUGGAAUCGAGCCUGAGGAUGUUGCUAAGCGUCUCAUGGACUACGGAUUUCAUGGGCCGACUAUGUCGUGGCCAGUCCCUGGCACACUCAUGAUUGAACCAACUGAAAGUGAAAGCAAGGCUGAGUUAGACAGGUUUUGUGAUGCUCUCAUCUCUAUCAGACAGGAAAUCGCAUUGGUUGAGAAAGGACAAGCCGAUAUGCAUAACAAUGUUCUUAAGGGAGCUCCACAUCCACCAUCACUGCUUAUGGCCGAUGUCUGGUCAAAACCGUACUCACGGGAGUAUGCUGCUUACCCUGCCCCAUGGCUGAAGACCGCUAAAUUUUGGCCGACCACAGGGCGUGUGGAUAAUGUGUAUGGUGAUCGUAACCUCAUCUGCACACUCCUCCCGGUGUCUCAGAUGGCAGAGGAGGCAGCUGCCGCCACUGCUUGA